AUGGCAUCAUCCACAACCACUGCGUCCUCGGGAAUCAGUGCAGAUACAAGCACCCUUACAUCAACAAGGUCUUCUCUGCCGACAACUACAACUACAACUAGUGAUACUACUAGCUCGUCGCAACCGACUUCUUCACCGGUGAUAACUUCCUCAUCAAUAACGCCAAACUCCUCAUCAAUAACGACAACUUCCUCAUCACCAACAACUUCCUCAUCACCAACAACUUCCUCAUCACCACCAACAACUUCCUCAUCACCAACAACAACCUCCUUAUCAAUAACAACAACUCCCUUAUCGCUGACGACAACUUCCUCACCAUCGUCCACCGCGAGUACACUAUCGACCACUGCCGGUGCUCCCCAGACGUCGAACUCACCGUUUUCUCACCCUUCGUUGACGGCUCCCAGUACCCCGUCAUCUUCGGUCACACCGGUGCCAAUCGUUACAACGUUGGAAAGCACCUUGUAUAUCACCACAACGAAUGCUCAAGGACAACCGACAACGACGGCGCCUUCUAUUGUCACAGAAAUCACGACUUCCACAAACAGUGCGGGGGCUGCCACGACCAUCACAGUAGCAGUUGCAAAUCCCACCCUUGCGCCCGAUAAUGGGACGACAUCGGGUUCCGCGUUUUUCAGGAAUACUGGCGCUGUAGUCGGUGUAUUCGUCGUGGUUGGUUUGGCUGCUGCAUCCAUCGCGCUGUGGAUCUUCUUUUACGUCCGACGUAAGCGUCGUAUGAGUCGGAUUGACCAUGACACCGAAGUCGAGGCAGCUGUUGCUGCUUCAGGCUUUGGUCGAGCGCCUUUGGAUGGUGACAAUGACGACCGAGGUGCCCGGUCGCCACAUUCACAUUCUCAGUAUUCGACGCAGAUGGGGCCGCGCCCGAGCCUCGGUGGUUAUGUUACCGACGGUUCUGGCUUGCAUAGUGCUGGUCGGCCAGUUUCAGGGGGACCAUUUGAUGACGACAACGCCGCAUUCAAUCCCUACGCGGGCUAUCCAGUUGAAGGUCAACCAACGGGUAGAGGAUAUAUUCAAGCUCGCUCUGCCAGCCCUCCGCCGGGAGCUGAGCGACAAGGACCUAGUACAGGAAUGCAUGACAUAAGCGAUUCCUCCCGGGAUCGGAAAAGCUCCUAUGGGCACACCCCUACAUACAGCGUUGGAAGCUUUGAACCGCUACUGGCUGCAUAUACGCAAGGAUCCUCUGCGGAGCGGGGUGCAAGCUCACCACCCACGCCGCCUCCAAGGAACCCUGCACGCCGCGAGCACCUUAACAGUAUCGCUUCCCGUCCUGAAAACCAUUCACCAGGUGGAAGUGCUGACGAUAGAUUGGAUCCUGAAAUUCGGAGGCGGACCAGGUCGGAUAGCCUUGGCUCGGAUGACCUCAGAGAUGAAGAAGACUAUAGCCGACCGGUGCUCACCGUCCGCAACAUGCCUGAUACACGCAGUACGCAUUCUGCACUGUGA